AUGGCUGAUAUUUCAAAACCAAUCGCCUUUUGCGAGCAUUUGCAACUCUCUAGCUUGGGAGUUCAACCAGCUUCCAUUUCGUUCCAGACAUUGACAUUAGAAUCUGACCACUUUAUAUGCAUACGAGAGAAGGUUAAUGAGCAGAAUCAGGUGGUCAUCAUAGACCUCGCUGAUGCUAAUAAUGUUCUACGAAGACCAAUAAGUGCAGAAUCAGCUAUAAUGCAUCCUCAUAAGAAGAUUCUGGCGUUGAAGGCUGGCCGGACACUCCAAAUAUUUAACAUCGAGACUAAGCAAAAAGUCAAGUCGCAUGUCAACAACGAGGAUGUGGUGUUCUGGAAGUGGGUUUCCGACACCACUAUCGGUAUGGUCACCGAAUCGGCCGUCUUCCACUGGACAAUUGCGGACCAGACUUCACCUCCUCAGAAAGUGUUUGACCGUCAUGCAACUCUUUCAGGCGCUCAGAUCAUCAAUUACCGUGUCAGCUCAGAUGAGAAGUGGUUGGUUCUGAUUGGUAUAUCCGGAAAUACCACCAAUCCCUCUGCUUUCAAAGUGAAAGGCGCCAUGCAGUUGUACAGCCGGGAACGGGGAGUUAGUCAGCCUAUCGAAGGUCAUGCUGCUUCCUUCGCCGAAAUCAAACUAGACGGACACCAAAAUACUACCAAACUUUUUACAUUUGCCGUACGCACGGCCACUGGAGCAAAGCUACAUGUCGUGGAAAUAGACCAUACCGCUCCGGACCCUCCUUUCGUUAAGAAGGCUGUCGAUGUUUAUUUCCCUCCAGAGGCAACAAAUGAUUUCCCCGUUGCGAUGCAAGUGUCCAAGAAACAUGGUAUCAUAUAUCUUGUCACGAAAUAUGGUUUCAUUCAUCUCUACGACCUCGAAUCCGGUGCAUGCGUUUACAUGAAUCGCAUUUCCGGAGAGACCAUAUUUGUUACUGCAGAGCACGAAGCAAGCAACGGUAUCAUUGGUGUGAACAAGCGAGGACAGGUCCUCAGCGUAAACGUUGACGACCAAACCAUCGUUCCUUAUAUUUUAACCACUCUCAAUAAUACGGAGCUUGCUUUCAAGCUGGCAAGUAGGGCCAACCUUCCAGGCGCAGAAGACUUGUAUACCAGGCAAUACCAGCAACUGUUUUCGAGUGGCCAGUUCAGUGAAGCCGCGAAGGUGGCAGCAAACUCACCAGGGGGAAUUUUGCGCACAGCUCAAGUCAUCGAGUCCUUUAAGAAUGCUCCUGCAGCUCAGGGUGGACUUUCACCCAUUCUUCAGUACUUUGGUAUACUUCUUGAGAAAGGCGAACUCAACCAUCUCGAGUCCUUGGAACUUGCGCGUCCAGUGCUGCAACAGGGGAGGAAGCAGCUGUUGGAGAAAUGGCUGAAAGAGAACAAGCUCACCUGUAGUGAGGAGCUAGGAGAUAUCGUCCGUCUGCAUGACUUGACUUUGGCUCUGAGCGUGUACCUCAGGGCGAAUGUUCCCAAUAAAGUCAUUGCUUGCUUCGCCGAAACUGGCCAGACUGAGAAAAUUGUUCUCUACUCCAAGAAGGUCGGCUACAGCCCAGACUACGUUGCUCUUUUGCAACAUAUCAUGAGGACAAAUCCCGAUAAAGGAGCCGAAUUUGCUGCUCAGCUCGUCAAUGACGAGGCAGGUCCUUUGGUGGAUGUUGAGAGGGUUGUGGAUAUCUUCAUGUCACAAAACAUGAUUCAACCCGCUACUUCCUUCCUGUUGGACGCUUUGAAAGACAACAAGCCGGAACAAGGUCAUCUCCAAACUCGUUUGCUGGAAAUGAACCUCGUACAUGCUCCCCAGGUUGCAGAUGCUAUCCUUGGCAAUGAAAUGUUUACGCACUAUGACCGUCCCAGGAUAGCUAAUCUCUGUGAAAAGGCUGGGCUGCUGCAACGGGCCCUGGAACACUACGAGGAUAUUGCGGAUAUCAAGCGGGCUAUUGUGCACACGAACGUUCUUCAACCAGAGUGGUUAGUAACUUACUUCAGUCGCCUUACGACGGAACAGUCUAUGGGCUGUAUGCAAGAGAUGCUUCGUGUAAACAUGCGCCAGAACCUUCAGGUUGUCAUUCAGAUCGCUACGAAGUAUUCCGACAUCCUUGGCCCUGUUAGCCUUAUUGAGAUGUUCGAGUCAUUCAAGAGUUUCGAAGGUCUAUACUACUAUCUCGGUUCCAUCGUCAAUCUCAGCGAGGAUUCUGAAGUGCACUUCAAGUAUAUACAAGCUGCCACCCGCACUGGGCAGAUCCGCGAAGUGGAGCGUAUCUGUCGAGAGAGUAACUUUUACAACCCGGAGAAGGUCAAGAACUUCCUCAAAGAAGCCAAACUCCAAGACCAACUCCCGCUCAUCAUUGUUUGCGAUCGUUUCGAUUUCGUUCACGAUUUGGUCCUGUAUCUUUACCAGAAUGGUCUUACCAAGUUUAUCGAGGUCUAUGUUCAGCGCGUCAAUUCUGUUCGGACUCCCCAAGUAGUUGGCGGUUUGCUCGAUGUUGACUGCGAUGAAACUACUAUCAAGGGCUUACUUGCCUCGGUAACUGGAAACUUCCCCAUUGACGAGCUCGUCCACGAAGUGGAGCAACGGAACCGACUCAAGCUUAUCCUCCCUUGGCUUGAGGCCCGUGUACAGGCUGGUAGCCAAGAUCCACCUGUUUACAAUGCCAUGGCCAAAAUCUUCAUUGAUAGUAAUAACAAUCCGGAGAGUUUCUUGAAGGAGAAUAAUCUGUAUGAACCUCUUGUUGUCGGAAAGUUCUGUGAAGCUAGAGACCCAUACCUGGCCUACAUCGCUUACGCCAAGGGCUUUUGCGAUGAUGAGCUCAUUGCCAUCACCAAUGAUAAUGCCAUGUUCAAACAGCAAGCCCGGUACCUUGUCAAACGUCGUCAGCCAGAGCUCUGGGCUCAAGUCCUUGUGUCGGACAAUAUGCAUCGUCGUGCUCUCAUUGAUCAGAUUUCUGCAACAGCGCUACCUGAGUGUACAGACCCAGACGAUGUCUCCAUCACUGUCAAAGCUUUCCUGACCGCCGACCUUCCUAUUGAGCUGAUCGAGUUGCUUGAGAAGAUUGUCAUCGAACAAUCGCCAUUCAGCGAUAACCGCAAUUUGCAAAACCUUCUACUACUGACAGCCAUACGGGCAGAUAAGGGGAAGGUGGUUGGUUAUAUCAACAAGCUGCAGAAUUAUGACUCUGGCGAGAUUGCGAAAAUUGCAACCGACCAUGGCUUAUACGAGGAAGCUCUUACCAUCUACAAGAAGUAUGAACAGCAUGCCAUGGCUAUCAAUGUUUUGGUCGAGCAUAUUGUUUCUAUUGACCGAGGUUUGGACUAUGCAAAUAAAGUUAACAAGCCCGAGGUAUGGAGCAGGCUAGCCAAGGCUCAGCUAGAUGGCUUGCGUAUCAAAGAUGCUAUCGAUUCGUACAUCAAAGCUCAGGACGCUACUAACUUCGCCGAGGUUAUCGAAAUCUCAAGUCAUGCUGGCAAGCACGAUGAUCUUGUUCGCUUCCUACAAAUGGCUCGUAAACACCUCAGGGAACCCAAGAUUGAUACGGAACUAGCAUACGCCUACGCGAAAACCGAUAGACUCCACGAUAUGGAGGAUUUCUUGGGUAUGACAAAUGUUGCCGACAUCCUAGAAGUUGGAGAGAAAUGUUUCGAGGACGAGCUCUACCAAGCUGCAAAACUCCUGUUCACUAGCAUUUCUAACUGGGCGCGUCUCGCCACCACUUUGAUUUACCUUAGCGAGAACCAAGCAGCCGUGGAGAGCGCGCGGAAAGCCGGCAAUACUCAGGUCUGGAAACAGGUGCAUGCAGCUUGUAUCGAGAAAUCUGAAUUCCGUCUCGCGCAAAUUUGUGGUCUGAAUAUUGUGGUUCAUGCGGAGGAGCUUCCUGCCAUCCUGUCGUCUUACGAACGCCGUGGGCAUUUUGAUGAAGUACUGUCUCUCCUCGAGGCUGGUUUGAGCCUGGAAAGAGCACACAUGGGUAUAUUCACGGAACUAUCAAUACUGUAUUCCAAAUACAGGCCCGGAAAGCUUAUGGAACACCUCAAGUUGUUCGUAUCCCGCAUCAAUAUCCCUAAGGUUAUCAAAGCCGCAGAGAAGGCCCACCUAUGGCCAGAGCUUGUCUUCUUGUAUAUCAAAUAUGAUGAAUUCGAUAAUGCGGCCUUGGCAAUGAUAGAACGAUCAGCUGAUGCAUGGGAACAUAACCAAUUCAAGGAUGUGAUAGUCCGAGCUGCAAAUGUGGAAAUCUAUUACAAGGCUUUGACGUUCUACCUUCAAGAACAGCCCAUGUUGAUCACAGAUUUACUCACUGUCUUGAUACCUCGCAUUGAACACGCCAGAGUAGUCCGGAUGUUCCGGCAGAUUGACCAUAUUCCGCUUAUCCGCUCGUAUCUCAUCGCCGUCCAACAUCUGAACAUUGAGGCUGUGAACGAUGCUUACAAUGACCUGCUCAUUGAAGAGGAAGAUUACAAAACCCUUCGCGAUUCCAUUGACAGCUUCGAUAACUUUAACAAUAUCGGCUUGGCACAGCGCCUUGAGAAGCACGGCCUUCUCGAGUUCAGACGACUUGCUGCUCACCUAUACAAAAAAAAUUCACGGUGGGAUGAAUCGAUAUCGCUGUCAAAGCAGGACAAACUCUACAAAGACGCUAUGAUCACGGCAGCUACUUCGGCUUCAAUAGAAGUCGCCGAAGAUCUUCUGUCAUACUUUGUCGACGUUGGCAACAAAGAGUGCUUCGCCGCCAUGCUCUAUAUUUGCUUCGACCUUCUGCGGUCUGACAUCGUGGAAGAACUUUCAUGGCAGCACGCACUUAACGAUUUCUACAUGCCGUACAGAAUACAAGUCCAACGAUCACUGGUUGAGAAGUUACACGCUCUAGAAAAAGAAGUCAAAGAGCGUUCGAUGAAGGAGACUAAAAAGGAGGAGCAAGAGGCUGAAGUUCCGAUUAUAAACCCCGGAGGCUUCGGUAACCGUCUGAUGUUAACGCAAGGGAAUGGUUUCGUAGGACAAGCUCCUCCUCCAAUGCCGAAUGGUACAGGAUUUGGUAUGAUGCCCGCUAUGACUGGAUUUGGAUUGUAAUGGUCGUGUUUCACUUUCUCCUACUGAAUUUAUCGUACUUCCACGCUUUGUGUUUCCAUUGCUGUAAUGGACUAUUCUUUUUCAUCAUCAAA